GUUUUCAGUUGACGUAGCGUCAGGACGUCACAAGCUUGAGAGGGUUUUCGAUCAUUCAAAUUAUAAAUUAUCAAUCUAAUGGACCAUGUCUUACAUGUACCACUGCUGCACCUGUAUCUUGAUUCUCUCGUCCUGUUUAAUUACUCACGCAAGGAGUUCUGAAGAUGAAUGUCGUCAUUUGGAGUUUAGAGCAGCCCAAGUGUUUCACGGCCAGCGUCUGAUGAACUACGUGAUUCGUAGCGCUGACGUCACGAACAAGGAUUUCUGUGGUGCGCUAUGCUUCAUGGAACCGAAAUGUGUUAGUUAUAAUCUCAUGAUAACGAAAAACUCAAAUGGAAAACAAAAGUGCGAAUUGAAUAAUGCUACCUAUGAAGAGGACAAGAGAGACAUGGAGGAAAAUCCAAAUUACGUAUACCAUGGGGCAAAGAAUGCUUGCGCCAAUGUCCCUUGCAAGAACGACGCGACCUGUCAAACCGGUUUUACACACAAAGGAUAUCGUUGUCUGUGUCCCGCGGGGUUUACGGGUCAGGAUUGCGAAAGUGAUAUUGACGAAUGUGCUAGAGGAACAUCCAGUUGUGAUGCUAAUGCUGAGUGUAUCAACACCAAAGGAUCGUACAACUGCUCUUGUAAAACUGGUUAUCAGGGAGACGGGAAAACAUGUGAAGAUUUGGACGAGUGUACUACAGCAACACACAACUGCAUCGAUGAUGAUUUGUGUCAGAAUACUAUUGGAUCAUUUGAAUGCCUCACUUGGUCGUGCGAGGAGCUCUACAACAGAAAUGUGACCAGUGGUGGCGGUUGGAUGUUGGUCAUGAAGAUUGACGGAACGAAGCAAACCUUCCAUUAUGAUUCCGAUUUUUGGAGCAACCAAGAUACAUUUAACCCUGCGGCGGGGGAAACUGGGUUUGACUCACAAGAGACCAAGCUACCAACCUACUGGAACACGCCUUUUACAAAUAUCUGUCUCGGCAUGAAGAUCCCUGGGGAGGAAGCCGCGAAUUUUAUCACCCUUGACCAGAGCGCUGAUUCGCUGUACUCACUGAUCGCUGACGGGCAAUUCCGUGCCACUUCAAUGGGUCGUGACACGUGGAAGAGUCUGCUUGGUUCUCAGGGCUCCUUGCAGCACAACUGCAACAAAGAAGGGUUCAAUGUAGUAAGUGGUCGAUCUAAUUAUCCCAAGGCAAGAAUCGGUAUCAUUGCUAACAACGAAGAUGAAUGCGACAGCUGCGAUUCCAGAAUCGGGUUCGGCUCAGGAGGGUUCCCUGAUGACACCAACACGUGCGGCAUUGAGGCGCAAACCUUUGUAGAUAAUCGGCCCAGGCACAUCAAAGUCAUGGGAUACAUAUUAAUUCAGUGACAUUAACAUCCGUCCAGUUAUUUUUUGUUAAGCAUUUCUUGUGAGUAAGAGAAAAUGAUGUUGCUGUUAGCUGACAAGUAGCAAAUUUCAUCAUGUAGAUAAAUGCAUUGCAGGAAGCACACUUAGUCCAAAAUCAUUACGCUAAGCAGCUUAAUUUGUUCGACGUUUAGUUCAUCGCUUUUUAAGUUAAUGUUAGCCACAUGUUAGAGAAAACCAAUUUAAACUAUAAAAAAUGUAUUUGAACGUCGUCGAUCACUUAGUCUUACAGCUAUCUGUAGAAUCCUUAUUCCGAAUCUUUCAACUUAAAAUAUCGCAUUCGAUCGUGAAAAGAAAGGUCUGUGGAUCACAUGGGGUGUUCUGAUCUCUAUCCACUGAUUUCCCGACACUGUCAGGUAAAAAAACUGUCACGUGACAAUGGGCAGACACGACUUAGUUCCGUUGAAAUUUCGUUCUACUUUAAAAUGACAAUGUGUUUAGUAUAGUUUAGUUUUCCUUUAACUUUGGUCAUUGCUAUGGGAUGUGGCUUGAAUAAAAAAAUGAAUAAAUGAAUAAUAAGUACAGUGGUAAAUUUAACAAUUGAUUCAUGCUUUUAGUUUGGAGAGUACGAAAGAAGUGUAGAGAAUUGGAGAGUAAGAUAGGAGAGUUGUUGGAAGCGAAGCCACGAGCAGCUUGAGUGGGAAUGAAAAUGGCGAAGCAAAGCAAAGAAAAGUUAACCUUGUUCACGCCCAGAGCAUGCAUCAUUGGAUUACGAUGCACCCUUGCUUAUACUGAGAGUGUUAGCACAGAUUUGCUAGAAUAUUGACAGAAUAAAGGAAGAAGUGAACAGAUGAAUUACAUGUAGCUAAUGACUGAGCAAACCAACAAAGAACGUAGGGAAGAACGAAGGAACGAACUAGCGGACAAAAAAGUGUAAGGAAUGAAUGAACGGACGAACAGAGAAAAAAAAAACUUUUUUUUUUUGCCAUGUUUUGUUUCGUUUUAAACCUGCUCUGAUUCCCUGAGAGGCAUUAAAAUCCGUGAUCUGGUUUUCAUGUUUCUAUGGCAACUCGAUAUUGUAUUAUUCAGUGGGUUUUUGGUAGUCAUGAGAGUAAAAACAGUAAAUAAAUUAGUGAAUGAUUAAUGUUUGUGUGAUUUACGUGUGUCACUGAUGGUCUGAAUA